CAGCUCACAUAAUUUUGCAUAACUUUGAUUGGUGUUUCUAACUGUAACAUUCAUGUAUUAGUGCGCGUGUACUAUUUCAUGGAUUUCUCAUUGACCGCGUAGGUAUACAAGUAUGAAAUGGCGUAAAAAGCAUUGAUACUAAAGAAUUAUUCAUAAGAACGAAUCACAAUGUUUUAAGACGUACUCGAGCAAAAAAAAUUUAUCUGAGGCAUAGACACUCGUGAAAACUCUCAAAGUGUAAAAACAUAUAGAAUUUUGAAGUUUAAGGUGGUCAAACCUGUGUAGCAAGAGGUGAAGGUCGACAGACGCGUAUAGAAAACAAAAGUUUUAAGGUGAUCAAACCUGUGUAGCAAGAGGUGAAGGUCGACAGACGCGUAUAGAAAGUUGAAGUUUUAAGGUGGUCAAAUCUGUUAACAAUCCAAGCUUGAGCUUUGAGGUGAAGGUCGACAAAAACAUAUAGAAAGUUUAAGUUAAAGGUGACCAAUCACGUGUUCACGAAGUUUAAAGCUAACGGCUGACAUACUUUUGCCGACAUAAGAUAUCUAAAGAUGGCGCUGGAAGAUGAGAUAGAUCAGAUGUUUCUAGUUCUAAUGGGAAUGAUAGUAAUGUUUAUGCAAUGUGGUUUUGCCUUUUAUGAAUGUGGUUCAGUUCGCAGUAAAAACACAACCAACAUUCUGUUAAAGAAUGUCCUAGAUUCAUUUAUAUCUGGCAUUGCUUAUUGGCUAUUUGGGUAUGCAUUCGCCUAUGGAGAAGGUAACGAUUUUAUUGGCUACUCGAACUUUGCUCUAAAAGGACUCCCGGACACAGGGUAUGCUAAUUUCUUCUUCCAAUAUUCGUUCGCUGCCACAACUGCCACCAUUGUUUCCGGUUCGGUAGCUGAGAGGUGUGAGUUCUCGGCUUACUUAAUCUACAGCUUCUUUAUUACAGGUAUCAUAUACCCAGUAGUCACGCAUUGGCAAUGGGGUGGUGGAUUUCUAGUUAAAGGUAUAGAUUAUGGUGGAGAUAUUGGCAGACUAGGAUACACG